CGAUUUUGAUCGAAUGAGUCGAUGGUCAGCCGGCUCAACUCCAGGGAGCGUCAAGCCGGUGUAUGGCGCUCGAUACCCUCCACUACAUCAUGCAAGUCCGACGAAGGGAGUUGAGAUUCCAGGAAGAAUGAAUAAAUUUCAAGAUUAUGAGAAUAGUGUAUCUGAUGCAUGGGAUACCCGUGUAAAAGUAGAUGAAACAUUGGCUUCAGCCUCUGCUGCAAAAGUUCUCGCGGCUCAUGCGGCUGGGAAAACGCAUCGAGACGAGGAAAUAAUGCCGCCAGUCAGUGCUGCACCUACCAAAAACAGUCGACAGCAGGCACUGCAAAGGCUUGCAAUUCAGAAAGAACCACUUCCCUCAUCAGUUUCAUCAACUCCACAAACUGCAAAUCCAAUUUACCCUAAGUUACCUGAAAUAUCAGAUCAACCUCGAUCAGCAGUUCCGAUGGCCAGUGCUCCGCCACAUGGAGGAGAUCGAGAUCAGACAAGAUUUGCACGUCUUCGUCGUUUAUUUUCAAAUGGGAAAUCGUCAGGGAAAAACUCACCACCAGUUGAUGUAGAUUUAGAGAAAUUGAGAGAAGACUGUUGGAUGGGAAUUCCACACAAGCUGAGACCACAAGCCUGGAGACUUCUUUCUGGAUAUCUUCCAACAAAUGCAGAACGUCGUGAAGUAACUCUUCAAUGUAAAAGAGACGAAUAUUGGCAUUAUGUAGAACAAUAUUUCCAUUCCCGGUUUGAUGAUCAGAAUGCUGAUACGUUCAGACAGAUUAAUAUUGAUAUUCCAAGAAUGUGUCCAUUGAUUCCGUUGUUCCAGCAGAAAAUGGUUCAGGAGAUGUUCGAGAGAAUACUCUACAUUUGGGCUAUCCGUCAUCCAGCCAGUGGAUACGUUCAAGGAAUCAACGAUCUCGUUACCCCGUUCUUUGUCGUUUUUCUCUCAGAAUUCAUUCCACAAGAUGUCGAAGUCGGUUCUUUUGACGUUUCUCAACUUCCUUUGGAGCAAUGCCAGCUCAUCGAAGCAGAUUCAUUUUGGUGUGUUUCGUCGCUACUCGAUUCUAUCCAGGAUAACUACACAUUUGCACAACCCGGAAUUCAACGAAAGGUGCUCCAACUUCGCCAUUUGAUGAGUCGAGUUGAUCGGCCUCUACACAAGCACUUGGAAUCCAAUGGGAUUGAAUAUUUGCAAUUCGCAUUCCGUUGGAUGAAUAAUCUUUUGAUGCGAGAAAUUCCGCUCAGAGCGACUAUCAGGCUAUGGGACACUUAUCUGAGUGAGCCCGACGGUUUCAUGCAGUUUCAUAACUAUGUAUGCGCUGCGUUCUUACGGACGUGGUCUAAGCAAUUGCAAGCCGAAAAAGAUUUCCAGGGAGUAAUGAUUCUUCUGCAAAACUUGCCAACUCAAUCAUGGGGUGAUCGUGAGAUCUGCGAACUAACUGCAGAUGCCUUCUCUCUUCAAUCCGUGUUUGACGGUGCACGCCGUCAUCUUUCAGCGCAGGCCGCCUCUCCAUAAUUACUCAAAAAUCGAUAACCGUGUAUGUCUUUUGAAUCUGUGAUGUUCUAUUAUUGAGGCUAAUCGUUCUUUUCAAUAUUAUUAUAUUGGGUCCUAUUGUGUGUGUGUUUGUCUGUACAUUUACUCGUUCUACAUCCGUUGACUAGGUAGGUCUUACUCACUCAUUUUCAAAUAAGGAUUACUUACAGAGAGUUCAUCCUUUUAACCUACUACUAGUGCCUUUCUAUUUUCCUCAAUUCCCUUUAACUGUAAAAUAGUUACUUUUUUGUCCAGAAAUCAAUUUAUCGCCUCCCCUCUCGAGUUUUUCUUCCACCAUUGUUCAUCUUUGAUCCAAUAAAUCUUUCAAAUCGA